AUGUUUGCCAAGAGGUUAGAUCCAAGUGCGGAAAGUCUCGCUACAGUGAAGUCUUGCUACGAGACUGGCUUCAAAUUCGUCCACGCGGGACUGGCGAAAGAUGAAGCAGGAAGUCCAGACAUCGCGCUUUACUCCCAAGGCGUCACGGAGUUUAGGAGAGGAGUUGGCGUCGUUGUAAAUGGCAAUGGAGCGAACCAGGAAGAGUGCCGAAAGAUGCAAGGGAAGAUGAAGAAGAACAUCAAGUUCAUCGAGGAAAGAAUGAGAGAGCUGAGAACAGCAAAUGUAAAGCAAGUUCAAAAAGCAUCGACUCCACCAAGUAGACCAGCUGCCCCAGCGACGAGAAAGAAUGUGACGAAGAAUGUCAACAUCAACGUGAACAAGAACAUCAACAGAAAUGUCAACGUAAAUUCAAACGACAAAGCCAUGGUUUCAAAGUUGAAAAAAGGCGGAAUCGAUAAUGCGAUGAUUGAGCGAAUUCUCGACGAAGUGAUGGAAUCUACGUCUGGAAUAAGAUUCGAAGAUGUCAUUGGCCAUCAACAGGCGAAAUCGACGCUCAAGGAGAUGCUGAUUUUGCCAGCUAUGCGUCCUGAUCUAUUCACCGGUAUCCGGGCGCCUCCUAAAGGCCUUCUUCUUUACGGACCACCCGGAAACGGGAAAACUCUCCUGGCGAAAGCGCUUGCUGCAGAAAUGCCCGACGCAAAGUUCUUUAAUAUUUCUGCUUCUUCUUUAACCUCAAAAUGGGUCGGUGAUGGAGAGAAGAUGGUCCGCGCGCUGUUUACUGUCGCCCGUGAAAUGCAACCUUGUAUCAUUUUCAUGGACGAGGUCGAUUCUCUUCUGUCAUCGAGAUCUAGCAACGAAGGAGACGCGGUGAAACGCUUGAAGACGGAGUUUUUGGUUCAAUUCGACGGAGCAGGAACGAAUAAAGAAGAUAAAGUUACCAUCGUCGCCGCAACGAAUCUUCCACAAGAAUUGGACGAAGCAGUUCUUCGUCGUUUCCCGAAACGCAUCAUGCUUCCACCGCCAGAUGACCUUGCCAGGCAACAAUUAAUUUCCCACUCUCUCAAAGAAGUUAAACACAAACUUUCUGAAACAGAAAUUGCCAGACUUGGCCAAAUUACUGAAGGAUAUUCUGGAUCAGAUCUGACGCAGCUAGUGAAAGAAGCUGCUCUAGCGCCUAUUCGAGAGCUAAGUGUGGAUCAAGUGAACAAAAUUAAAUCAUUUCGUCCAAUCACAUUUUCCGAUUUCACUCAAGCCGCGAAAAUCAUCCGUCCAUCGACUUCAGUCGAGCUAUUGAAAAACCUUGAUGAGUGGACGAAUAAAUACGGUGCAUAUUCAUGA